AUGCUGUCUGCCACCGCCGUGGCCCUCAGGGCUGGUGCCCGUCGAGCGGUUUCCGCCCGCGGAUUGUCAGUUGCCGCCGCCGCCAAGUCGACGAGAUGCCUGGAGAGCGGGCGGGCCAUCUCGACGACUCGGGUCCUGUCGUCGCUGCCGACGCGCGACCGCACUAGGGAGAUCGUGGCCCAGACGGUCAGCAGCAUCGGCAGCAGGCGCGAGGGUCAGCAGUACCUCAAGCUGUUCACGUCGGUAUCGUCGCAGAAGUUUGCCGUCAUCAAGGUCGGCGGCGCCAUCCUGACCGAGUACCUGGACGAGCUGUGCCGCAGCUUGCUCUUCCUGUACGAGCUGGGCCUGUACCCCGUCAUCGUGCACGGUGCCGGCCCCCAGCUCAACCGUCUCCUCGAGAAGGCCGGCGUCGAGCCCCAGUUCGAGGAGGGCAUCCGCGUCACCGACGAGAAGACGCUGGGCAUCGCCCGUAAGCUGUUCCUCGAGGAGAACCUCAAGCUCACGGACCGCCUCGACGAGCUCGGCGUCGCCACCAGGUCCAUCAGCGGCGUCUUCAUGGCCGACUACCUCGACAAGGAGAAAUGGAAGUACGUCGGCAAGAUCACCAAGGUCAACAAGGACGCGAUCGAGAGGUCCAUCGAGGCCGGCUACGUGCCCAUCAUGACGUCCAUGGCCGAGUCCGAGGACGGCCGCCUGCUCAACGUCAAUGCCGACGUCGCCGCUGCCGAGCUGGCCCGUGCCCUGGAGCCCCUCAAGGUCGUCUACCUGUCGGAGAAGGGUGGGCUGUUCGACGGCGACGGCGACAAGAUCUCCCACAUCAACCUCGACGAGGAGUUUGACCACCUCAUGUCCCAGCCUUGGUGCCGCUACGGAACGCGUCUCAAGAUCCGCGAGAUCAAGGAACUCCUCGACACCCUCCCCCGGAGCUCCAGCGUCGCCAUCAUCCACCCCAGCGACCUCCAGAAGGAGCUCUUCACCGACUCCGGCGCCGGAACCAUGAUCCGCCGCGGUGACAAGAUCCAGAAGGUGACGUCGGUCGCCGAGUUUGGCGAUCUCGAAAAGGUCAAGGCCACCCUCAUCCGCGACCGCGAGGGUCUCGAUGCCGAGGCCACCGUCGACCGCUUCCUCGACUUCCUCGCCGAGAACCCGUUCACUGCCUACUUCGACGAGGGCAUGCAGUGCCUGGCCGUCGUCAUGCCCCCCAGCAAGACCCGUCCCAUGGCCACCCUGGCCACGCUCAACAUCACCAAGUCGGGCUGGCUGAGCAACGUGGCCGAGAACGUGUUCGCCUCUAUCAAGAAGGACAACCCGAGCCUCGUCUGGACCGUCAGCGAGGACGACGAGAACCUGACGUGGUUCUUCGACAAGGCUGACGGCACCUUCAACCGCAACGGCUCCGUCCUCUUCUACUACGGGUGCGAGCUCGGCUCCGACGACCUCGUACCCAUCUACCAGGACUUCGUCUCCCACGGCCGUGCCAUGAUGGGUGAUUCCAACCUGGAAUCCCGCCUGCGCCGUGCCGCCCUGACGGCCAGCCAGUCGCUCAAGAACUCGCAGACCCAGCCCGCGCGCAGCUACUCGACCGCGUCGGCCGCCCUCUCGCCGCGGGUCCUGUCCCACUCGGCCUCGCCGUCCCCCGUCUCGGUCUUCUCCGGCCAGCACAGGCGCGGCUACGCCACGGCCACGACCAACCCCAACCCCCCCCUGGGCAAGAAGAACGCCUCCAACGACGUCCCCGCCCGCGUCGGUCUCAUCGGAGCCCGCGGCUACACCGGGCAGGCUCUCAUCGACCUGAUCAACGACCAUCCCUUCAUGGACCUCCGCCACGUGUCGUCCCGCGAGCUGGCCGGCCAGGAGCUCAAGGGCUACACCAAGCGCAAGGUCAUCUACGAGAACCUGUCGGCCGAGGACGUGGCCGGCCUGGAGAAGUCGGGCCAGAUCGACUGCUGGGUCAUGGCCCUCCCCAACGGCGUGUGCAAGCCCUUCAUCGACGCCAUCGACGGGGCCCAGAAGGCCAACGGCAGCGCCGGCCGCGACAGCAGGAGCGUGAUCGUCGACCUGUCGGCCGACUACCGGUUCGACGACGAGACGUGGACCUACGGCCUCCCCGAGCUGACGAAGCGCUCCAAGAUCACUCAGGCCACGCGCAUCUCCAACCCCGGCUGCUACGCCACGGCCGCCCAGCUGGGCAUCGCCCCGAUACUGGAGCACGUCGGCGGUCAGCCCACGGUCUUUGGCGUGUCGGGAUACUCGGGUGCCGGCACGAAGCCUUCUCCCAAGAACGACAUCAACGAGCUCCGCGACAACCUGAUGCCCUACAGCCUGACGGGUCACGUGCACGAGCGCGAGAUCGGCCACCACCUCGGAUACCCGGUGGGCUUCAUCCCCCACGUCGCCUCGUGGUUCCGCGGCAUCCACCACACCAUCAACAUCCCCCUGAACAAGACCAUGACGUCUCGCGACAUCCGCCAGAUCUACCAGGACCGGUACGCGGGCGAGAAGCUCGUCAAGGUCGUCGGCGAGCCUCCCCUGGUCAGGGGCAUCAUGAACCGCCACGGCGUCGAGAUCGGCGGCUUUGCCGUCGACUCGACAGGCAAGAGGGUCGUCGUCUGCGCUAGCAUCGACAACCUUCUCAAGGGAGCUGCCACCCAGUGCUUGCAAAACAUGAACCUGGCUCUAGGAUACGCAGAGUACGAGGGUAUCCCCCCCAUGUAA